AUGUUUAAUUUGCAGGAUUCGUUCGAAGAUUUUGGUGGCGAUGGUGAAGAUUACAGUGUAGUGUUUACUACAGAUGAGGAAUUUUCAGAAAAGGAUGAUGCGGUUGAUUGGGUGAAAGGCAUGGGUUUAGCAAAUGGUAUGAUAAUAAAUAUAGUUUCUGGCAAGAGAAAGAAUGGUGUUUUGAUGAGAUGUUGUAAAGGUGGAAAGGUCAAGGGAUCACUUGAAGAUGGUGAAAAAUAUGUCUCAAUGGAUUCGAAGACACAAAUCACUGGCUAUAAAUUUAAGGUAUAUGUGCACUCACUUGGUGGAAAGUGGCGCAUUCGUGUGUAUCCUGGUGAGUUUGGAAUGCAUAACCAUUCCCUGUUUGACGAAGAUCAUCCCACGAGGGGCCUUAGUGAUGGAGUGAAACAGGUUAUACAGUGCAUGUCUAAAGAUGGGUGCAGACCAUGUCAAAUAAUGGCUGCGAUUGAGAGGAAAUUUCCAGAUGAAAAAGUUAACAGACGGCAAGUCUAUAAUUACAGGAAGAAAUUGCAUAGUCAGGGGUUCCCGGUCUUGGGUGACUCGAGUGCCAUGGAUGUCGCGACGAAGACACUAUCGGUGGCGAAGCAUCAUCGUUACAUCAUUAUGACAGAUUACAAUCAGGAGACAGGGUGGAGAGCGCAGCACAAUCAGUUAAAAACUUGGCUGGAAACAUCCACUACGUCGCUGGAUACACUUUGGGCUAAGUCGAAGGCGCAAGAGUGGAAAGAAGAAGCGAAUGACAGAUGUGAUCAUGUGGUUUACUGGACUUGUCGAAUUCCAUGUGCGUGCGCCCUAAAAAAGGCUGCAGAUGUCGGCACAUCGAUUACUCUUAAGCAUAUUCACCCAUUCUGGGCGACCCUUAAUAUCGGUGAACAGGCUGUUACUGGUGGUUCGAGCGAUGUGGAUGACGAUGUUCUUUAUACCAGACAGUUGAUGGAAGAGCUGAACGAGUGUCCUAAGGUAGUACGACACACGGUAAAUAAGGCUCUCCACGAUAUUAUGCAUCCAGACCAGUGUGGGUUCAAACAACCCGAGGAGGUCAAGAGACGGAAGGGGCGGCCGAAGGGGGCUAAAUCAAAGAUAAAAGCAACACCUAAUGUGUGGGAUUACAGGGACGACACUCAAGGAAAGUCGACCACAGUGACGAGCGAUUCAAGUAAGAAGCGCCCCUCGUCUUCAGGUGGUCGUACAGAUGCAUCCACAGGACCAGUGGGCGAUGGCGAGAGAGGCAAUGGCGACCGAGCUAGAAUAGAAUUGGCAUCUGUACAAGAGAAUUUACAGAUAAAUUUGGACGGUAAAUUUCCAAUUCCAUCGAUCGAUAAUAGGUGGACUAAAGGACAUGAUCCUAGUGUUGCUGGUUGGGAAUUACCACUUCUUCCUAGAAUUCAAGAAUGGUAUAGGUUGGUCCCCUUGAAUCCUCGACGACCUGUGGAUGAUAAUGAUUACACUGAUCUUAGUUUCUUAGAUUAG